AUGAGUUCUAAAUCAGAUGUAAAUAGAAGAGUGCUCGCCAUUCAGGCGAAAAAGAAACGGCAUAAACUCGGUAAAAAGAAAAAUCGCGAGGAGGACCACGGGGCUGGUGUACAAGGAAACGGUCUGCGCAACCAGAAUCAGAAUCGUUUAGAACCUACACAUAGUUCUUCCAAUGAGACGAUCGAGGAGGAUGAGGACGAGCAAUACGCGAGUGACGACGAGGAACAGGAGGACAGCGCCGACUAUUGUAAGGGUGGUUACCAUCCUGUCAAAAUUGGAGACUUGUUCCUGAAUCGGUACCACGUCACUAGAAAACUGGGAUGGGGUCAUUUUUCCACUGUGUGGUUGUGUUGGGAUCUCGUCGACAAGCGUUUCGUCGCAUUGAAAGUCGUAAAAUCGGCUCCCCAUUUUACGGAAACUGCUUUAGACGAAAUAAAAAUACUCAAAGCAGUUCGGGACAGCGAUCCAUCGGAUCCCAAGAGGAAUAAAACCGUUCAGUUGCUUAAUGACUUUAAAAUAACUGGUGUGAAUGGAACCCAUGUGUGCAUGGUGUUUGAAGUUUUGGGUCACCAUCUAUUGAAGUUGAUACUCAAGUCUAAUUAUAGAGGUAUACCACGAGAAAACGUCAAAACAAUCAUACGUCAAGUUCUUGAAGGCUUGGAUUACCUCCACACCAAAUGUAAGAUAAUUCAUACAGAUAUUAAACCUGAAAAUGUAUUGGUUUGUGUUGAUGAAUCUUACAUCCGUAAACUGGCAGCUGAAGCUACUGAAUUACAUUCCUUAGGCUUGAGAUUGCCUCACUCCUUGAUUAGUACUGCACCAAAGGAAUUUCAAGAACAGGUAGUCACUGCUAAAAUGAGUAGAAAUAAAAAGAAAAAGUUAAAGAAGAAAGCUAAGCGUCAGUCAAUGUUACUUAAAAAACAAAUGGAACAGAUUGAGGAAAUGGAAGAACAGAAGAAAGUGGUCAAUAACAGUGAGUCUGCACCCAUGUCACAGGACAAUGACGAUUCACCUCCAACACCUGAAGAGGCCAGUGUGAUUGAAACAACCCGCUCUGACACUGAAACUAACAUUAAUGGUUGUAAUGAUGAGAGAGCUGAUGAGGAAGCUUUUGACACUGAUGCAGAUGCAGUACAGGUAAGGACUAAGCAAUAUGGCUGUGGAGAUGAUGCAGGAACCCCUAUGUCUGAGGGAGAAAUGACUGAUACUCCACCAUCUUUUAAUUCUCAGUCUACUAAAGGUAAAUCCCUGGAUAAGAAAUUUGAUCCGGCUUUUGAUAUCUGUGACUUAGAAGUAAAGAUUGCAGAUCUAGGUAAUGCUUGUUGGGUCCACCGACAUUUUACUGAAGAUAUACAAACCAGGCAGUACAGAUCACUGGAAGUUUUGCUAAGUGCCGGCUACGGGACUUCAGCUGACAUCUGGAGCACUGCUUGUAUGGCUUUUGAGCUGGCUACUGGAGACUAUUUGUUUGAGCCGCAUUCUGGAGAUGGAUAUAGCCGUGAUGAAGACCACCUUGCUCACAUUAUUGAAUUACUAGGUGACAUUCCUAAAAGAAUUGCCGCUUCAGGAAAAUAUUCAAAGGUAUUCUUCAAUAAAAAGGGUGAGUUGAGGAACAUAACAGGCUUAAAACCAUGGGGCUUAGUAUCAGUGUUAACUGAGAAAUAUGAAUGGAGUCAGAAAGAUGCAGAGGAUUUUGCUGAUUUCUUAAAACCCAUGCUUGAUUUUGACCCAAAUCGGCGAGCCACUGCUUAUGAGUGCCUUCAGCACCCAUGGUUAAAACAGGCUGAACCUGAACAAAACGAGUCUGACAAAUAA